AUGCAGCACUGCUUGCCGCCGCCGUGGCGCUUGCAAAAGCCCUUGGAGCGCACGUUGCGGUGGCAGCCAAAGAUGGCGCAGAGCUUUCGCGGUGGGCAGUACUGGUCGUGGUCGGUGCACGCGCUCGAAUCGCUCAUUUCGGUCGUCGUGCGGGUGAGCGGGACGGGCAAGCACUGGUAG